AGCCGGCUCCGGCCCCUGCCCCUUGGCCUCGAGCCCCCGGCGAGUCUGGAGCCCUCGCCGUCGCCGGUCGCGUCCUUCGGGCAUGGAAGGCGGCGGCAAACCCAACUCCGCUUCCAACAGCCGCGACGAUGGCAACAGCGUCUUCCCCUCCAAGGCGCCCGCGACGGGGCCGGCGGCGGCCGACAAGCGCCUGGGGACCCCGCCGGGGGGCGGCGCGGCCGGGAAGGAACACGGCAACUCCGUGUGCUUCAAGGUGGACGGCGGCGGAGGAGAGGAGCCGGCGGGCAGCUUCGAGGAUGCCGAGGGGCCCCGGCGACAGUACGGUUUCAUGCAGAGGCAGUUCACCUCCAUGCUGCAGCCUGGGGUCAACAAAUUCUCCCUCCGCAUGUUCGGGAGCCAGAAGGCGGUGGAGAAGGAGCAGGAAAGGGUUAAAACUGCAGGCUUCUGGAUUAUCCAUCCGUACAGUGACUUCAGGUUUUAUUGGGAUUUAAUAAUGCUUAUAAUGAUGGUUGGAAAUUUGGUCAUCAUACCAGUUGGAAUCACAUUCUUCACAGAGCAAACAACAACACCGUGGAUUAUUUUCAAUGUGGCAUCAGAUACAGUUUUCCUGUUGGACCUAAUCAUGAAUUUUAGGACUGGGACUGUCAACGAAGACAGCUCUGAAAUCAUCCUGGACCCUAAAGUAAUCAAGAUGAAUUAUUUAAAAAGCUGGUUCGUGGUGGACUUCAUCUCCUCGAUCCCGGUGGAUUAUAUCUUUCUUAUUGUAGAGAAAGGGAUGGAUUCGGAAGUUUACAAGACCGCCAGAGCACUUCGGAUCGUGAGGUUUACAAAAAUUCUCAGUCUCUUGCGUUUAUUACGCCUUUCAAGGUUAAUUAGAUACAUACACCAGUGGGAAGAGAUAUUCCACAUGACAUAUGAUCUCGCCAGUGCAGUGGUGAGAAUCUUCAACCUCAUUGGCAUGAUGCUGCUCCUGUGUCACUGGGAUGGCUGUCUUCAGUUUCUGGUCCCCCUGCUGCAGGACUUCCCACCGGAUUGCUGGGUUUCUCUAAAUGAAAUGGUUAAUGAUUCGUGGGGCAAACAGUAUUCCUACGCACUCUUCAAAGCUAUGAGUCACAUGCUGUGCAUUGGUUAUGGCGCCCAGGCCCCCGUCAGCAUGUCCGACCUUUGGAUUACCAUGCUGAGCAUGAUUGUUGGGGCCACCUGCUAUGCCAUGUUUGUCGGCCACGCCACAGCUUUGAUCCAGUCUCUGGAUUCUUCAAGGAGGCAGUAUCAAGAGAAGUACAAGCAAGUAGAGCAAUACAUGUCAUUCCACAAGUUACCAGCUGACAUGCGCCAGAAGAUACAUGAUUACUAUGAGCAUCGAUACCAAGGCAAGAUCUUCGAUGAGGAAAAUAUUCUCAGUGAACUUAAUGAUCCUCUGAGAGAGGAAAUAGUCAACUUCAACUGCCGAAAACUGGUGGCCACGAUGCCUCUCUUUGCUAACGCGGAUCCCAAUUUCGUGACGGCCAUGCUGAGCAAGCUGAGAUUUGAGGUGUUCCAGCCCGGAGACUAUAUCAUUCGAGAAGGAGCUGUGGGGAAGAAAAUGUAUUUCAUCCAGCAUGGUGUGGCUGGUGUCAUCACCAAGUCCAGUAAGGAAAUGAAGUUGACAGACGGCUCUUACUUUGGAGAGAUAUGCCUGCUGACCAAGGGCCGGCGCACUGCCAGUGUUCGGGCUGAUACAUACUGUCGCCUUUACUCCCUUUCGGUGGACAAUUUCAACGAGGUCUUGGAGGAAUAUCCAAUGAUGAGAAGAGCCUUUGAGACAGUUGCUAUUGACCGACUAGAUCGGAUAGGCAAGAAAAACUCUAUUCUCCUGCAGAAGUUCCAGAAGGAUCUGAACACUGGUGUUUUCAACAACCAGGAGAAUGAGAUCCUGAAGCAGAUUGUGAAGCAUGACAGAGAGAUGGUACAAGCGAUCCCUCCAAUCAACUAUCCUCAAAUGACAGCCCUGAAUUGCACAUCUUCAACCACCACCCCAACGUCGCGCAUGAGGACCCAGUCUCCACCAGUCUACACAGCGACCAGCCUCUCUCACAGCAACCUGCACUCACCCAGCCCCAGCACACAGACGCCUCAACCCUCAGCCAUCCUUUCACCCUGCUCCUACACCACAGCAGUCUGCAGUCCUCCUAUACAGAGCCCCCUGGCCACGCGAACUUUCCAUUAUGCCUCUCCCACUGCAUCCCAAUUAUCACUCAUGCAGCAGCCUCAGCCGCAGCUACAGCAAUCCCAGGUACAGCAGACUCAGCCGCAGCCUCAGCCGCAGCAGCCGCAGCAGCAGCAGCAGCAGCAACAACAGCAGCAACAGCAGCAGCAGCAGCAACAACAGCAGCAACAACCACAGACACCUGGUAGUUCCACACCGAAAAAUGAAGUGCACAAGAGCACUCAAGCUCUCCAUAACACCAACCUGACCAGAGAAGUCAGGCCCCUCUCUGCCUCGCAGCCUUCGCUGCCCCAUGAGGUCUCCACUAUGAUCUCCAGACCUCAUCCCACUGUGGGCGAGUCCCUGGCCUCCAUCCCUCAACCCGUGGCAACAGUCCACAGCACUGGCCUUCAGGCAGGGAGCAGGAGCACCGUGCCACAGCGUGUCACCUUGUUCAGACAGAUGUCCUCGGGAGCCAUUCCCCCCAACCGAGGAGUGCCUCCAGCACCCCCGCCACCAGCAGCUGUGCAGAGAGAGUCUCCCUCAGUCUUAAAUAAAGACCCAGAUGCAGAAAAACCACGUUUUGCUUCGAAUUUAUGAUUCUUGCUGAUUGUCAAAGCAGAAAAGAAAUACUCUAAUAAACAGAAUAUUCUCAGAUAUUAUUUUAUUCUAUCUAAUGAUAGAGCCCUAUAGCCUACUCUAAAAAGAUAUUUUAGAAGCUCUGGCGUACAUGCAAAUGUAAAAACAUAUAUACAUAUAUUAUUAAAUAUAUAUAUAUCUAAAUGCCCAAGAGAAGUUCAAAAGACUUGUAUAACAUUCAGUGUUAUGUUUUCCUUUCUUUAAAACCAUUAAAGGAUUUAACACGUUGUUGUAAGAUCAUUGAUUUCUAACCUUUUACUUAAUUCCUUUGUUAUAUGUGUUUCUCCCUUUUAUGAAGAGUUCUUGAAGUCAUUGGAAACAAAACUCUGAUUUUAAAAAAAAAAGGCAACUCCAAUUAGUUUCAGCAUAGCACCAAUCAAAGCUUUCUUUCAUUAACUGUGCCUCUGCAUCUAGGUUGUUAAUUAUGCGGGAUUCAAUAAAGAAAUCCCAGUUUAUAGCUCUAAAUUGUAUUUUGGUGCUUUAAAUUUUGAGUUAGGUGAAGGAACACACUACACGCUCAGCCACCAUAGGAGACUAACAUUGCCACUGUUAAGGCUUCCUCUAACCUCAAACAUGUUCGUUGAUUUUGUGAGAAAGGUGAGGAGAUAUUUGUCUUCAUGUGUUAUUGGACUUUUACCAAGAUUCAGUCAAUGUUAGCUGUAAAUAACUUUUCCAACCUGAAUAAAAGUAACUAUUCUGUGUUGUAUAAAGGUAAAAGUCACUGUUUAAGAAUUUAGUUUUAUUGCUUCACUUCAAAAGUUAGAGUUUUAAAAUUUCACAAAACAUAAUAAUUGUGACAACUGUUCAAAUGUAAUGCAAUUGCUUGAGACCUACAAUAUCAUUUAAACCUGCAAUAUUUUAUGCAAAAAUUGUAUGCUUGAACCUACAAAUUGCUUGUAUUACACCAAAAAUCAUUACUUUUAUUCCUUCUUGACAUAAUCAAGCAUCUGAACCUAGUCCUGGCAUGCUUUUGGGGAAAAAAAUAAAACAAAAAAACAAAAGUAGAAUCAAGCCAAUCAUUGUAAGAAAAGGCUUACAGUAUUCCUCACUUCUAGAAGAGUAUAACAAUUCCUUAACUGCCUCUCUUAAAAUUCUUAAAAGGCUGACUUGGAUCUCUGACUUAAAUCUAGAAGUGAGGUUUUCACUUUCCUUUGAUACUGCCGCUGUUCUUAUCAUUUAAACAAUUAUUUGCAAAUCACGGCUUGCUUUGGAGUUAAAUGUAUUCUGUGUCUUCAUGUUAGUUGGUAGUUUAAUGUGAUGUUAAUGUGAAGAAAUAAAUCUAUCAUCACGUCUGUUCGGGAGUACACAUUUUGCCCUAUGUAUAUUGUAACUAAGCAGUUAGUAAAUGUUAAGGCAUGUGGUAACCUACAUAGUCCUUAGAUAGACAGGAGGUUUGUUCUUCCAAAUGUGCUGAAACUUCUGUGGACUCAGCGACAGGAAGCAGAGGGAGUUGAGUUGUCUGUAAGCACUGUCUUCUUUGUUCACUUGUUUCCUUCUUUCCGUGAGCAUCCUGAUGCCUCUUGUAGAGAAGUCCCUUAGCAAUCAAUCAUGUGUGUUUACUGCACCUCACACAUGUGGUGGAUGAGUGGAACACAACGACAAGAUUUCUAGUGCCUGACUUCUAUAAAUAACUCAAGAGAGUGGCCUGACAAUGGAAGCCUUUGGCAUUACAGGCACAGAGGAUCUAUUAAGAACUUAAAGACCAUACAUUCUAUUGGGACAGGGACUCCAGGUAGACUUGAGGACCGAGAACAAAAGUAGGAGCAAGAGGUUUAAAGUGCAUCUACAUUGCCUUUUAUGGAACUAAUACCUAUGAAACCAAAAUGAGUCGUUACACUUAAUUGCCAACAGACCCCACCUCGUGUGAAAUAAUCAGCAAUGCUAGGCAAUGUGAUAUUAUUGAUUACUGGCAUGCUGGUGACCAGUGACAGCCUGUUGAGAAUGAUGUAAGAGAGAGAUGGCUCAGCCUGCCCAGAAUCCUUGGAAAGGUGCAAGACCUUUCACGCAUCAGUACAAAACUUCUUUAUUUUAUUAAAAUACAAAAAUUAGCUUCUUGUUAAGAUCAUGCACUCAUCCUUUAAAUUAUUAAAGGUUUACAUUUGGCAGGAUUAAUGUGUUUGGUAGUAAAAUAUUUUUAUAUAUCAAUUUUUGAGCACUACUGGAAAACAUCAGCAAAAUUGAAUUGCAUGGUCAUUCAGUGCAACCAUAAAAUUUUUAUUCACUUUGUACUAGAAUGGACAAAGAACACGAAGGUUUAUAUGUUAAAGUAACAAAAUGAUACAGGGUAAAUUAUAUACACAUAUGUAUGAAUGUAUAUAUCUAUAUAUUUAGAUUAAGGAGAAAGUCAUUGACAUUCCUGUAAUAUAAAGGUACAGGGUGAGGUAACCAUGACCUUUUUCCUCUGUACAUAGUUAAGCUCAAGUAUGGAGUUUUAAUCUGUACAGAAAGAAUUGUAUUAUGGUCUUUUGCUGCUGAGAAAAUAGGACAAUAGCUGAUACUUUUCACUGUAUGACCAGGGAAGAAUUAGAGUAUUUCUUUUGUCUUUGCUCAAAGCCAUACAUAUAUAAAUAUAUAUUAAGAUUAUUAAUAAAUCCAAAAGAAAAUAAA